AUGCGCCCCUCUGCCACCGCACCUCGUGAUGGAAUCUCGUUUCUUUGCGCCUGGCAGGUGAACUUCGCGAAGGCGCGUUUCCACGCGACCACGGAGCUGAUCUGCCUCAUGAAGAUGUCGGCACGGCAUUACACGAUUGGGGGCGAGCGAGUCUGCGCGCCCACACUGAAGAAAAUGAUGGAGAGGGGAGAGGUUGGUGCGGACGCACUCAUGCACGAGCCCGCGAGCAGCGAUCAAGACGCCGCUUUUAGUCGCUCAGCCAAGGAGAUCAUGGAGGGUUAUGAAAAUUCCAUGAGGGCGGCAAGAGACAGCGUGUGUGGGUGCCCUGGCUGGGUAGCCUUUAAAGAGUUGCCAACGUUCGAUGAGGGCACACCAUGUUGGUGUUGGAUGUUCUGCGGGGACCGGCAAGGUCCCUUUUCCCUGAGGGAGCUGCGAACUUGGAUUCAGAAUUCCGAGUUCCCAUCCGAAGGCAUGGUUUUCCACAUGGACAGACCUGGCUGCUACAUUCGUCUGCACGAUGCUUGCUUCUAUUUUGGCCUCAACGAGCUGGCAUCCAAGUGGAUCGAUUUUGACAGCCAGCACAGUGGUGGCGCUGUGACAGGAGGUAAGGAUGUGAAGGAUAGGCCAUUGCAUGGGGGCGGGGCUUCAGCGAGUGAGCGGCGCUGCGAGCAACAGCCUCCACCAGGGCCGAGUGGAGGGGCGAGUAAGGGUGCUGCUGAGAUGUUUGAUGCUGUCAAAUUCAUCAAGUCUCUUCCUCAACCCAGGUGCCCUGGCAGGCUUGAAAACCGACAUGCAGGAAGUGUGGCAUCCACAUCCACAUUCGAGAGGGAUGGGAAGAAAGGGCCUGCUGAAGAUGGAGCCAGUGGUAGUGGAGAAGGGCCACACAGGAUGCCAUGGCCCCAAAGGCAUGCGACAAGAGCUUCUGUGGAAGGAUGUGAAGCCAGUGCGAAAGAGGCGGCUAAGCAUGCGAUGAAAUUAGAUGCAGAGCCUGCCAUCAGCAAUGGUGAUAUUUCAGGGAUUCGCACAGCCAACGGGGAGUUGUCAGGCCCUAAGAGAAAGCCCGAACAGAAUGGUCAGCCUGUGUGCACUGCUCCCUGGAAUGUGAUGGCUGACGAGCAGAAGCACAUGAACGGAUGCAUUCUGGCACAGGAUACGACAUCACUCAAACUUAAAACGCCCUCACGUCCCAGAUCGGCACCAUCCCAACUGCAGCGGCUCCUGCCAGAGAAUGCUAGCCCCCAGAAGCUGGUCAAGAGCCCAGACAGGAAUGUGUUACGGAGACAAGAGUUGGGGAACAGUCAGCCAAUGGGGAACAGUGAGGAGGGUACCGAUGCGCAAUAUUGCAAAAGAUCUGUGCAGGUAUUGAAACGCAAGCUCGAUGCCUCUUCACAGAUGGAGUGUUCGCCUCAAAGGUGGCAUGCGAAGCUUGCCAAAAUGGAGGGCAGACCCACAUCAAAGGAGCACUGGAGACAGGGCUUAGGGUGGGAAGAAGACAAGCCAUCAAGGGCGGGUUCCACAGUGGGAGGGUUCACCAGAGCAGCAAAAUUCGAUUCCAUCAAAGCUUGUAUGGCUGCAGAUGAGGAAGCGCAUGCGCCAGACUGUGUGGCCCCCCUGCCACAAGCAGACAGGCAACUCGAUGGCAAAGGCAGGCCUGGCACAAUGGGCCUGUCAGAUCAGCAGCCAAGGGAUGGUGCAGAUGCAACACAGCCAAAGGAACAGCCAAAGACUGAGGUGCUAUCGUACCCAGGCUUCACAAAACCAAGUGGUAAAAGGAAAUUUGGUGUGACAAGAAGGAGGUCCUUGGCAUCCCCAAGCAGACUGAGCGGUGCAGCAGCACUGUCAACCAGCUCAGCAGAGAUGGGCAGGAAAUCUAUGGCAAAGAAUAACAGGCUCAAUGGCUUCUCCACUGGAAGCAAGAAUGAGAGACAGCUUCUGAAGUCGCCCCCUGCAAGUGAUAGACAAGAUCGCUGCCGCCGCCGUCUUGUCAGAUCAGGUGAUAUGCCAUCAGGUUGUAGCAUCAAACCUGCGGCUUCUCAGAGUGAACGGUCGCAAGGCAACUGGAGAUCUACAAGAGGGGAGAGGGCUGGAGAUCGAUUCCAAGCAAGUUGCAUGCACCUGGAUGUGCAAAUGGGCAAUGUAACUGUAGUAGCACCAGAUGAGUCACAGACGCCUGGGAAGGUCCGAGGCCUUCAGGGAACCAGAACCAGAGAGAAUGCUAGCAAGGGGCAGCUGGGUGGUGGGAAAUCUUGCAGACCCUCUCCACAAGGCCCUGGAAGCAGUCACACCCCUUAUGUGGAGCUGGAUGUCACAGUGGGCGAAGUUGCAACACAGGAAGCAAGCCUUGUGGAUGGUGGGGACCGAUGUCAGGGUGCAGAUGCACAGUCAUCGGCAUCGGAGUCGAGUGAGGAGCCACCAGCGGACAUUUACUGGCUGAUGGUGAGGCUUGAGGGCGUUGUUUCUUCCUUCAAGGACAGCAACUUGGCGAAGGAAACUGUUGUAUCAACACCCCAUGGCUGCAUCGGUCAAAAGCCAGUGGAGACGAAGGAAUCCUUGCUGGGUCCCCCCGAUGGCAUGGAAUGUGCAGCGCGUAGUUCACAAGACCAGGAGGCAGAUGAGAAGGCAGUAAUUGCCACCUUCUGUGUUGAGCAGAAUGGCACUGUGGCAGUGAAAUUCGAGGCUCAAGAUAACAGGAUGUCAACCCCCAAAAGGUUAGCAGCCUGCACUGGUGGCAGCCCUGGUAUGGAGAAUGUGCCAGCCAUCAACCCAUGCUUGUUAGACGGCACCAGCAUAGGCGUUCAGCAUGGCGGUGUUGCUAUAGCUGCAGAUGAGCCAGGAGAGAGCAUUCCGACGGCUUUGGGUGAUGAUGCGAUCAUUGGCAAGGCAGAGAACCAAACUGAUGGCGAGGGUGGUUCACAGCGUCCCAACUUUUCCAUCCAAGCUAAGGAUGGGAGGCUGGGGCACCUGCAGAACGUUCCAGCAUACACGCCGCUGCUAGCACAUCAGGAGUCAUCAGACCUACGAGAUGCACCAUCUUCUUUGGCCACAUCCACACUCCGAUGCAAGAAAAACAGCACCUCCAGAGCUCUGUCUGCAUCUCAGGAUGCCAAUCAGACGGCGUCCACUGUCACUGCGACAUGUUCUGGUUCCAUUUCGGUUGGGACAGUUGCACAAAGUCAAACGAAUGACAGGCGACAGGCCUCAUCUUCCCAAGGGCAUCGGUCCCCAAAGAAAUUGCCUUUCAGGGAGACAAUUGUGGCCCAGAAGGGAGGUGGAGCACAACUUUCUGAAGGGGAGGACUCCGACUGCCUUUCCGAUGUAGUGUUGGCGCAGCGUGUACCUCGAGAGAAGAGACCAGUGCUCAAAGGCAGCAUGGUUCAGAGAAUAACAGUGGAGAAGGUGAAGAAAGCUAAAAAGCGCACUGCCACUGGGAAAGGCAAGAAGGUGCACAUUGCACCCGACUCUGUGUCACGGCAAGCGUCAGAUACAGAGCUGCAAGACACACACGCGAAGCGUGCGAAGCUGACCUGCAGUCGGGGGAAGUCUGUUGCAAUGCUGAGGAAGGCAUUGGCAAAGAUGAAGCGGAUGAAGCAAACCACAGUAAUGCUACCACAUGAGACCCAUGCUGAGGGCCGGCCCUCCAAGGAUCAGGGUGCACCAACCACGAUGAAAAGAAGCCGGGCGCUCCGAAAUGAGACGCGGCAGAUGGCCCGCAGCGAGCUGAUGUCUGAUGCUGUCAAGUGGAAGAACAUCAAGGCCAGGUCGUGCUUCAAGAACCUGAGGAUGGGAAUGAGUGGUGUUCACAGCCGCGGCGUCUUUGCAACAGAGAUAAUUGAGCCAGAAAUGUUUGUCAUUGAAUACACAGGGGUGCUUAUACGGGCCAGCGUUGCUGAGAUCAGGGAGAAGCGCUAUGAGAGCGAGGGCCGGGACUCAUCUUACCUUUUCCGUCUCGACGACGAGUGGGUAGUGGAUGCCACAGACACUGGUGGCAUUGCAAGGUUCAUCAACCACAGCUGUGAGCCCAACUGCUACACGAAGAUUAUCACUGUUGAAGGCCAGAAGAAGAUAGCCAUAUAUUCGCGAUGUACUAUACGCCCUGGGGAAGAGUUAUUCUAUGACUACAAGUUUGACUACGAAUCAGAAGACAAACGCGUAGUGUGCAACUGUGGUGCCAAGACCUGCCGAGGCUACAUGAACUAA